UAGGCUAUAUUUUUAACAUUGUAGGAAUGUGCGGAUUAGGUUACAUAAAUCAUAAUAUUAUCUAGGAGUAGGAAACAUCUAUUUUCCAUCCGGGGUGCUACAUUGUUUAUACACCACAAUAAAGCAAUUAUAAUGCACAUAUCCUAUGUGUGUGUAUAUAGGCUAGAGCCGUAUAGUGUGUACGUGUGUAUAUAGGCCGAGAUGCAUGUGUGCACACAUAAAUAGGUGGGUGGUGGUCAUCCUUCGGUGUCUUCGCGUGCAACCUUGGAUAUGGACAAGUUCAUGUUUUGUUUUUGUAGAAAAUAAAUAAAAAAAUACACACAAAUACAGUGAAAAAACAUAGUGGAUGGGACAGAGAAAGACAGUGAUUAUGGCUAACACACUUAUGGUUAUGGUCUUUCUUACCAAGAUCUUAUCAUCACUUGGACAAGAGGACAUAGCUCAUCAUGAAAUCGCGUAUCCUCACUCUCAGGUGAACCAAGAGCAUCCGAGUUACUCUUUUGGUUAUGGCGUCGCUGAUACUCAUACUGGUGAUAUAAAAACUGUUUGGGAAGCUAAAGAAGGUGAUUCCGUUAAAGGUCAUUACAGUGUUGUUGAGCCAGAUGGGUCUAUGAGAAGUGUUGAAUAUUCCACUGGUCCUAAAAGUGGAUUUUCUGCAAUGGUAAAUAACGAGGACAUACAAAUACCUAAUGUCCCUGUGAGUAGUGACGCCAUGGAAGAGAAAGCUCUAAGAGAUUACGGAAGACAGUACGAUUAUUCUGAAGAUCAAAAUUAUGAACCACCAUCAAUGCGCGAAAGAAAAAGAAAACGACACCCUUACGAAGCUUUGUUCAGAGACUAUGAGUUUGUUAAAAGGCCGAAAUAUCCCGCAGAUUUAGAACCGAGUGAUUAUACCCACAGCAUCAGCAUAAAACAUCCCCGAGAUGACAUUGGGCCCGAAGCUACUGCUGAGAGUCAUAUCGGAUUUAAUUUUGACCCCGACUGUAAGCACAAGCACAAAAUAAAGGAAAGUAACUAUUAUCCAAAUGUUCCAGAUUUCGAUUUUCGUCGUCAAAAAUAUCCCCCAAUAGAUAGUUAUAAAAGCGAAUAUGAGAAAUACAUGAGUGAAUCGUCUAAUAAUAUGGAAAAACUUGCACACAUGUACAAGCAUAAUGACCAAUAUAAGCCAGUUAAACCACAAGAUGAGUUCGGGGAAUGGUCCCCAACGAAAAAUGAUUAUCAUGGAAUACCCGAUAUUCCACCGGAAAAACUAUUUGCAGAUUUACCUCCUUUACGCCCCAAAAAUAAGCACAGACCAAACAAGAAUCCAGAACCGUACGAAGAUCUGGAUGAUUAUAUUUUAGUACCCAAAAGAAAAAAUAAGAAGCCUCCAAGGUUUGCAGAACCACCGGAGUAUGCGCACGAAUCAGAUGAAGAAUUUGACGAUGCAUUUGAUGACGACCGAUACCACAAGCCGCCUCGACCUUCCAAUCAGAAGGAAGUUGUACGAAAAAUUGUAAAGAAGAAGAAGCCAGUUAUUAAUUUACUAGAUAUAUUCGAUAUUUAGGCUGUAAAUACAAAUUAGAAAUAAGCAAACGCAGAAUUUCACUUUUCGUUGUAAGCAGUGUGAAGUGGAAAGUGAAUUACAGAUUCCUUAUCGUCUUCCGAUAAAAUCUCGAAUUAUCUUUCAAUUAAGAGCUGCGAAAUAAUUUGUAUUAAAAACUCAGACUUUAUAAGUACCUAUUGCAGAGCAAAUAAGCUUUCACGGCUUUACUAUGUAUCAUAGUGAAUAGCACUGUGCUUUUUUGCUCUGUGUUUUGAAUUCUAUAGUUUAUGUCCAUUUCUAAGUUGAAAAACAACAUAAGCUGUUUAUAGCAAUCCGCUGAAACCAAAGCGAACAUUUGUAUUGAAUGCCAGACUUUUAUGUGUAUCCUGACGGGCAUAAUCUUUUUUAUUAUUUCCAUAACUCAUUGUUAAAAUGAGCAAAAAUCAUCAGACUGUCUUAAAAAUGAUUAUAAUAAUUACAUAGACUGAAUAUAUUUAAGUGUGUUUGUAUUUAUUUAAGACGUUUUGUAUUAUAGUCCUUGUUAAUCCUGAAUUGAAUAAAGUUGUUGUAAUACUCUUAGAAACAUGUUUGCAACGAUUCAUCGUUUCUAUCCAACAUGACAUUGCGAUCCUGGUGUUUUACAUUCUUUACGUAA